AACCAGACAAUCAAGUUGCUGCUCAUCAUGUUUCUGAUACUGUUUGUUGUUCUACUACGGAUUGGUCAAGGCCUCUCCCAGUGUUAUGUUAUAGCAGACUGUACAGGAAGUUCUGUUACUGCAUCCACCGCGAGAGGAUGCUGUGUAGCAACUAAUGAUGGCCUUUCUUUUCAAAGUGAUGGAGUCUGCAGCACUUGCAUUGUUCAUGGGUUUGGGAAUACAGGGUAUAGUGUGCAAGAGGGUGAGGCACUCAAUAUCCUUUUCGAACCUAAUGUAAAGGGGAAUGACGCAGUUCAGCAGUUUUCUGCCCAGUUUACUUUCCAUACCUGGAAAUGUAACAGUCGAGUAUGACAGUUCUGAAAGGCCAGUACUGUUCCACCAAAUUUCUUCUUCCAACGCCAUAUCAGUCCAAGUGAUUGCGUUGUAUGUGCAGUCAAACAAGAGGAUUACGCUGCGUUUCACACCAGAUAAUCCUGCCAUUGUCCCUCAGCUUGAGGGUGUAGGAGAGUAUGUGAGAGAUGCUGCAGUAGUCAAUGUCACUAACAAUGAAGCUUUAGGUAUGGCUAUGGUGACAAUUGGAUUCACACAGAGAAGUCAGACCGUAUCGGAAGCAAGUGUCUUGCCUGGCCGUGAUCUGCUUCACUUACCUGGCAUUGCAGCAGCAGCUCAAACACCGGCUACCAGGGAUUAUACAGUUGUCUUCGAACACAUUGAGUUCAGCAGCACAGCAAUCGUUAAUGGGAUUCCAGUCGAUCCCGGAUUGGAUGCUCUGUUUGGCUUAGGAAGUGGCAGGCCACUCCAGUACCUCAGCCUGCUGAGUUUAGGAGAGGCUAUAAUAUCACCGCCGUCUGUAGCCAUAAGAAAUGAUUUCGUAAUUGAGGAAUUAGAGUGCUUCACAAUUCGUAUAUUCAUCGAAGGUGGUGUUCCAUUCAUGUGUAACAACGAGGAUACAGCUUCUAAUUUCUCCUGCACUCACACAAUCUGUAUUGAAGAUGACGAUGGACCAUUUAUUGUGGAAUUUGUGAAGACAGUGUACACUGUUGAUGAGAGUGUAGGCUCAGUGAGUGUGUGUGUCAAUCUCACUCGACCAGAAACUGACAUUCUCGAUGAAACUGUACAAGUUUUUGUCAUUGAUAACCCCAACUCAACCUACAUCCCUGCUGGUGCUCCUUUGGCAAGUCCAGAUCCACCCGAUUUUCUCAGUAGAUAUUCAAUGAUAGAAGGCUCUGACUAUCAACAGCAAACUGCUGCACUCAACCUCAUUGAUGACAUUCUGAUUAGUGAAUUAAACAGAAUUAUCUGCUACAACCAGACAAUAUACGAUGACACACUUGUGGAGGCAAAUGAAUAUCUGGGCCUGUCACUUGGAGUGAGAGAUGGUGGAUCUACCACAGUAUUAACACUUGUAAACCCAAUGUAUGGCGAGGCAUCAAUCCUUAUCCUGGACAAUGAUGGACCAAUUUCUUUUGGUUUCGAUGCCACUGUGUACACAACAAGUGAGAGUCAGGGAAUGGUGGAAGUCAGGAUUGUUGUACAGACCCCAUCUACUGGAGGAACACCGCAACCAUUCUCUGUCUCAGUCAGUACCACAGAUGACACUGCAGUCGCUCCCGAUGACUAUGUGGCCAUUACUGGUCAGAUAAUACAGUUCAAUGUUGGAGAUACUAGUCACAGCCUCACACUCUCUAUUGCUAACGAUGAGAUGUGUGAGACCCCGAAUGAGAGCUUCUUUGUCAGGAUUUCUCUUGUUAGUAGUACUGGAUCCAUCGCCAUCUCUCCCUCACAAACCCAAGUCUUUAUCGAUGAUGUGAAUGAACCAGAGUGUGUGCCUACACUCUCACUAUCUUCUGGGACAUAUGUUGCACUAGAAAACGAGGGGUCAGUUGAAGUGUGUGUGGUACUCAACAUUCCUCUAAAUAUCCCUUUGGACUUGAUAAUCACUACUACUGCUACUAGCAGCACAGAUGGUGAAGACUUUGUUGGCGGGCAGUUUCCUUUGUUCUUGUUCCCGGGACAAACGCAGGAAUGCAUCAAUAUAACCGUCAUUGAUGAUGACACGGCACUAGAGGGAAGAGAGAUGUUCAGGGUGGAUCUCUCUACACUCUUCUUCCCUGUACCAAUAGAUAUAUCAACUGCCGAAGUAACCAUCAUUGACAAUGACAUGGUUGAGUGUCCCACUCUGAGUGAUCCUGAUAAUGGCAAUGUCAAUCUCAGUGGAAACACUUUCGGACAGACAGCAGAGUACACAUGUAACACUGGCUUCAAUCUGAUUGGAGACUCAAUAUUGAUUUGUGGUGCUGACGGCCAGUGGACUGGAAACCCUCCUGCAUGCGAGGCUGUCCAGUGUCCUACUCUCGAUAGUCCCAUGAAUGGCUCACUGCUAAUAUCUGGAACUGGUGUUGGUGUUUACCAGGAUACUGCAACAUAUGCAUGCGAAACUGGCUUCAAUCUGGUUGGCAUGUCGGAGCGUGUUUGUCAAAGUGAUGGCACGUGGAGUGGAUCUAACCCUACAUGCCAGUCGAUUGUGUGUCCCCUUCUGCGUGAUCCUGAUAAUGGCAAUGUCAAUCUCAGUGGAAACACUUUUGGACAGACAGCAGAGUACACAUGUAACAAUGGGUUCAAUCUGGUUGGAGAGUCAAUAUUGAUGUGUGGUGCUGAUGGCCAGUGGACUGGGGACUCUCCUGUAUGCGAGGCUGUCCAGUGUCCUACUCUCGAUAGUCCCAUGAAUGGCUCACUGCUAAUAUCUGGAACUGGUGUUGGUGUUUACCAGGAUACUGCAACAUAUGCAUGCGAAACUGGCUUCAAUCUGGUUGGCAUGUCGGAGCGUGUUUGUCAAAGUGAUGGCACGUGGAGUGGAUCUAACCCUACAUGCCAGUCGAUUGUGUGUCCCCUUCUGCGUGAUCCUGAUAAUGGCAAUGUCAAUCUCAGUGGAAACACUUUUGGACAGACAGCAGAGUACACAUGUAACGAUGGGUUCAAUCUGGUUGGAGACUCAAUAUUGAUGUGUGGUGCUGAUGGCCAGUGGACUGGGGACUCUCCUGUAUGCGAGGCUGUCCAGUGUCCUACUCUCGAUAGUCCCAUGAAUGGCUCACUGCUAAUAUCUGGAACUGGUGUUGGUGUUUACCAGGAUACUGCAACAUAUGCAUGCGAAACUGGCUUCAAUCUGGUUGGCAUGUCGGAGCGUGUUUGUCAAAGUGAUGGCACGUGGAGUGGAUCUAACCCUACAUGCCAGUCGAUUGUGUGUCCCCUUCUGCGUGAUCCUGAUAAUGGCAAUGUCAAUCUCAGUGGAAACACUUUUGGACAGACAGCAGAGUACACAUGUAACAAUGGGUUCAAUCUGGUUGGAGAGUCAAUAUUGAUGUGUGGUGCUGAUGGCCAGUGGAUUGGGGACUCUCCUGUAUGCGAGGCUGUCCAGUGUCCUAUUCUCGAUAGUCCCAUGAAUGGCUCAGUGUUAAUAUCUGGAACUGGUGUUGGUGUUUACCAGGAUACUGCAACAUAUGCAUGCGAAACUGGCUUCAAUCUGGUUGGCAUGUCGGAGCGUGUUUGUCAAAGUGAUGGCACAUGGAGUGGAUCUGACCCUACAUGCAACAUGGUUGUGUGUCCCACUCUGAAUGAUCCUAAUAAUGGCAAUGUCGAACUCAGUGGAAACACUUUUGGACAGAUAGCAGAGUACACAUGUAACACUGGCUUCAAUCUGAUUGGAGACUCAAUGUUGAUUUGUGGUGCUGACGGCCAGUGGAUUGGGGACUCUCCUGUAUGCGAGGCUGUCUCUCUUUCUUGCACUGCUACUGGAUUGUCAGAGGUUGUAGCAAUAAAUUGCAGUGGAGUUGGACCAGACACUUCUCUACAGUGUUCAUUUAGUGGUGGACCACUUCACUCAUGUAACGUACCAAUUCUACUGACAAGUAAUGUCAGUCCUCCUGGUAGUCGGUUUAACGUGACAAUAUUGGCAAGUACUGGAGGUGAGGACACUGUGACAUACGACAUAACAAACACCAAAACUGAUGUGCAAGCCAGCGUGCCUCCACUGGAGGUCGUUCUAACUGGUGGUUCACCUCGUGUGAAUGAGAGCUCUGUGGAGGCAGAGUUUGUAACCACCAGACCAGUGACUGGAGUGAGGUGCUUCCUCAGAUAUGAGAACAAAAAUGACUACAAAGACUGUUCUUCUGGUAGUGUGUCCUUCACAGGACUGAAGCCUGGACGCUAUGUCCUAAAGAUCUUUGCCUACAACAAGCUAACUGAUGUGGCAGCUAUGAAGAGAGUGGUUAAUGUGUAAUCUUUUGACAGAGUGGAUACUUUUAUUUUUCUGAACGCUGCAGUACUGUGUGGUGGUUUUGUCUAUAGAUAUUAUAGCUUUAG